ACACAAUCACCUAAUAUCAUUUUUUGUUUUGCUUGAAAAUCCACCGAGAACUGCCGAGAAGAUGAGUAGGACUAAGGCGGCGGCGGCGGCUAAGGGAAGAACCGGCGGCUGGGGAGGUUUGGGUUCCAUUAAACUUCUUCUUGCCAUUUGGUUUGUUGUCAGCAUCGGCAUUGUUGUUGGCGUGGAUGCAAGUGGCGGAGGGAGGUUGAAGACGGUGGUCGUAGUCAACAACAAUGACUCUCCGCCGCCGCCAGAUUAUUUUUCGGCGAUGCUGCCAAAGGGUGGACUGAUUCCGCCGUCGGCGCCGUCACCCGGUAGUAACCAAAACGGCGCCCCUCGUCUUCCACAUCCGGGCUCUCCGCCUAGCUAGCUUGAAGUAGGACUGAGUUCAUCAUGUUCAUUAAGAAUUCGUAUUUAUUUGACCUUUUUGAAUGAAUGCCAUCAUUUAUUUGUUCCCCAUCCACAAGUGACUGUCUUUUAAAUUCUCGUUAGUUAUUUU